AUGAACAAGCUUCCAGGAUUUAUCGCUUCGAGCAUUUCGUUGGUCGGCGGCUUGCCUCGUCGAUGCUUCCGAUUUGUGCCGAGUAAACCUCUUUGGCGAUGGCAUGACGAUAGAAGUCCGUGUUCUGAUGAAUCGGUCUUCUUCAUUCCUUCUGAAGAAAUUCCCCCCAAGAUUGAGUUGGACACUCAAACACUGAAACUUCUUGAAAGGCUCAGUUUAGUCAGUUUUAACGAGGAAAAAACCAAGAAAACUGUAGAAGAGGCUAUCCGUUUUGCUGACUGUCUCCUCACUCCUUCAGCUUUUCGAGGUGAAGGAGUAACCAUGGCAACAGUGGAACCCAUGUUUAGUCUCCUUGGUGAAGAGGGAUUCGAGCCCCUUUCCAUGAUGACAGAUGACGAAGUCUGGUCGCAAGAGGAGACAGCUGAAACUGCUGCCCAUAUUAUGACUCAUGCUGCAGUAACAUGGGAGAACUAUCUUGUGGCACCGCCGGGAAAUAAGCCCAUUCAUCCAGAAUUUAUUCGAGCGGAAAAUGUAUCGGAGUCAGAAAAGUGA